AUGGCCUCCACUAAGGCCAACGCCACUACGGCAGACGUCGUUGGCUGGACCACUGGCCCGGGAACCCGGGGAACGCUCACACUCGUCUGGAGCUGCGUGAUCACAAUCUUCGCCUGCACGUGGACUGUGUUACACCUCAACGUUCCUGGUCGGAAGGAGGCUUCCCUGUGGAAAACGCUACGUAAGGUGAAAUGGAUGGCCAUCAACAUUUUGUUCCCGGAGUUCAUCUUUGCUAAAGCUGUCUGCGAUCUACGGCUUGCGCUUGAGGAACUACGUGAAUUCGAUGAGAAUGUAAGAAAAAGCGAGAAACACUGCAAAUGGACCGUGCCGGAGAAUAUUCGGCGCAAGAGCCACGAGUGGUCUUGGGACUUUGAGUAUCCGCUAUGGGCGGAUUGGCUAUAUCGCCUGCUGCGCCUGGACCCUCCACGACAGCCAUUCAAACAAAAAUCACCCCCACCAUGGAUUUUAAAACUUUGUGACCUGCUUCAUUUCCGCGCCAAGUCAACUGACAACCCUGUGGCGGCAAGGCAGUCUUAUCUGCCCGACGACACUGAGAUAACUCAGCGUUCUUCACAGCGGGACUCUCAGAAGACAACCCGAUCGAUUUUGCAGUGCGACCAGAAAGCGGACGUCAAGUCUGACAACCAGAGCGACGUUCAACCAGAAGUUCAGUCUUCUUCUCGGCGCUUAAGUACGGGAGCUGAUUUUCCCGAACCGAAGGAAGUCAAUAGCGUCCAGCACGACCCAGACGUCGCCUCAACAGAAGCACACGAACAAGACGACCAAUCCCAGAUGCAAGAAGAGACACUACCCGUUCAAUGGCGGACUGUCCAGAAGUGGACUGUUGUACACUCUUACUAUGCCCAGAUGGGGGGCAUCUUGUACCCAGAUAACUUUCGACAAGAUAACUUUCGACAAGAUAACUUUCGACAAGUAGACUCUUCGAGGGAGGAGCCUCGAUAUCAGUGCCUUACAGCAUCCAUGCUGACUCUGCGGUAUUCUUUUCACGGCGACAAACAUCCAUUCGAUCACCUCAUUUUGACAGAGCAAGACGUCAAAGACAAGAGCAAGGCAGAUUGGGUAUUGAAAGGGAUAGCUGUCGCUCAGAUCGCAUGGCUCAUCCUGAGUGUGACUGUUCGCAGCAUCAUGGACUUCCCGAUCGCUCAGCUUGAGAUCGCUACGAUUUCAUUUGCUUUCAUAGCUAUUCUUAGUUAUGUGGCUAAUUGGUGGAAACCGAAAGAUAUUUCCCACGCUACCAUUCUACCAACGUUUUGCUGGGGUUACGAGGAAGAUAAAGAUCGGUCUUUAUCCUCUACGCCGCAGCCAUUCAUGCUUCGGCUUUGGUCACCAACAAAAGCCGCGGAAAAAGCCCUCUUUAUUCAAGACGACUUACCGCGGGUUCCAAAUGACUACGUAUGGAUGGAGGGCGAUAGCCCCCUAGUAUUCUUUCUCAUGGCCAUCUCGUCCUUAGGCUUUGGUGGCUUGCAUUGUCUAGCGUGGAAUUUCGAGUUUCCAACGCAAACUGAGCUUCUCUGCUGGAGGAUUGCAAGUGUCACUUCGGCUAUCUUACCUUCUUUGACAUUGGGAAUUAGUCUCGCCAUCAACUUUCUGGCGACCAGUUACACCGACUCUCAGCUUGUAUCGAUCCUCUUGCGCAAGCUUGAGCCAUUGGGGAAGGCACCUACGGCACCUACGGAGUGGUGGCAGCUAAUGACACAGCCCGACUUUUUGAAGUGGAAAUAUGAAAGCCAGAAGCUGCUUAUACGGACGCCGGGGGAAAGAGAUUGGCUACAUGAGCCCUCGGCGAAAAUUAUUGAGAAACAACGAGACUCGGAGCCUGAAGAUUUUCCGUACUUCGCAUACCGCAUUUUUUUUCAUCAAUACGAAUGUUUUCACGAGUACUGGGACAAGGCCCUGUCAGCUCCGGAUCCAAGUUCCACUGCUGCGUUGUGCCAGGAGUGGCUCAAAUCAGCUUCAAAUCUGAAGAAAUAUUCAGAAGACGGACCGGUCGAUUUUUGGCGCGAGUACGAGGCUUUCAUCACAAGCACGCGCGGAUCCCCUAUAUCCACGCCGGAUUUGCGCGAAACGACCUACAUCGACUUUCUUCUUCAAGUUUGUGGCGAAGUCUCUGAACAGAACCGCGACUGGAAGUUUUUGAGCAAUCGCGCGUCGAAUUUCCUAACCAUCGGCAGUGGUGUUCUCUACACAGCUGCCCGAUUGAUCAAUCUCGUCCUGAUGUUCACCUGCCUCAGAAGGGCACCCGUGGACACCUAUCAGGUGACACCCUGGCUUGAACUGUUGCCGAACUUUUCAUGA